GGCGGUCCGGGGCUCGGGGCGGGGGGGGGGCUCCCCCCAUUUCUCCGCCACCUCCGAGCGGGACCGCGGAUCCCCCCGAGCCCGGCUGCCGGCCCAUGGUGCCGCGGCCCCUGCUGCAGCCCCUCGUGCCCCGGCUCCGCCGCCUGCUGCCCGGCCUCGCCAUGAGCAGCGCCACCGGCUCCUUCUCCCUGCAGCAGCCCCUCAACUACCGGGGGGGAGCCCGGCUGCAGCCCGCCGACGGUGGGCAGGUCGAGGAGGUGUACGAGCCGGCCACAGGCCGAGUGAUAGCCAAGCUGCUGUGCUCCGGGGAGAAGGAGGUGGACCUGGCUGUGCAGAGCGCGAAGGCUGCCUUUAAAGUAUGGAGCCAAAUGUCGGGCAUGGAGCGGUGCCGGGUGCUGCUGGAGGCCGCCAGAAUUAUUCGGGAACAGAGAGAUGAAAUUGCCACCUUGGAAACCAUCAACAAUGGGAAAUCCAUCUUUGAAGCCAGAGCAGACGUUGACGUAUCCUGGCAGUGCCUGGAGUAUUACGCAGGGCUGGCAGGAUCUCUAGCUGGUGAACACAUCCAGCUUCCUGGGGGAUCCUUUGGGUACACUCGCAGAGAGCCUCUGGGUGUGUGUGCUGGGAUCGGAGCCUGGAAUUACCCUUUCCAGAUUGCCUGCUGGAAGUCUGCCCCGGCCCUGGCUUGCGGCAACGCGAUCGUCUUCAAGCCCUCUCCCUUCACUCCCAUUUCGGUGGUGAGGCUGGCAGAGAUCUUCACUGAGGCCGGUGUGCCCAAGGGGCUCUUCAACGUGGUGCAGGGUGGGGUGGCCACAGGCCAGUUCCUCUGUCAGCACCCAGAUGUGGCCAAAAUCUCUUUCACUGGCAGCGUGCCGACUGGCAUCAAGAUCAUGGAGAUGGCAGCUAAAGGGAUCAAACCCAUCACCUUGGAGCUGGGAGGCAAAUCCCCCCUUAUCAUCUUUUCGGACUGCGCCCUGGAGAACGCUGUGAACGGAGCCCUCAUGGCCAACUUCCUCACGCAGGGCGAGGUGUGCUGCAACGGCACGCGGGUGUUUGUGGAGAGGAAGAUACUGGAUACCUUCACAAAGGAGGUGGUGAAACGCACCCAGAAGAUCAAAAUUGGAGACCCGCUUCUGGAAGACACCCGGAUGGGAGCCCUCAUCAACCGGCCCCACCUGGAUCGUGUCCAGAGCUUUAUCAAACAGGCGAAGGAGCAGGGUGCCCAGGUGCUGUGCGGUGGGGACCUUUACGUACCAGAUGACCCGAAGCUGAAGAAUGGCUUCUACAUGCGCCCCUGCGUGCUAGGGAACUGCACCGAUGACAUGACGUGUGUGAAGGAAGAGAUCUUCGGGCCCGUCAUGUCCAUUCUGCCGUUUGACACCGAGGAGGAGGUUGUGGAGAGAGCCAACAACACCAAGUUUGGCCUGGCAGGUGGUGUCUUCACCAGGGACAUCCAGAAGGCUCACAGGGUCGUGGCUGCUCUUAAUGCCGGGAUGUGCUUCAUUAACAACUACAACGUCAGCCCCGUGGAGCUGCCCUUCGGAGGAUACAAGGCGUCAGGAUUUGGCAGAGAGAACGGACGGGCGGCCAUCGAGUACUACUCGCAGCUGAAGACGGUCUGCGUGGAGAUGGGUGAUGUGGAGUCCGUGUUUUAGUGGCUCUGGGGCCAUCCGAGGGGCGCGUCAGCUCAGAAUCGUGAAUCAUUUACCCAGCAAUAAAGUGCUCUGAGAUUGCAAGUGCCUGGGGGUGGGGCAGAGCGAGGGCAGCAUUUAGCCAUCCUGCUCCUGCGAGGGGAAACGUGCACACGGGGCUCGGUCUGUGGGCCUGAGCUGCCCUGGCUGGUGGGAGAAGGGAACCUCGGACCAGGAGGGAGCAACCUGGCUUUCAGCAGCUGGCACCUGCAGCUUCUUCGAUGUUAGCGGGGGCUUGGCAGUGGCAGAGGCUCAGCCCAGGCUGCUUCCCCCCAGCGUAUCUUGAACCCUGCUCUCUUUCACCUUCAGUCAAGUUCGGUCUCACCUUAACAAGCACGACUCUCAAUGCACCUAAAAGCUCUGGGACACAUUGCUGUGCUGUAGCUCUACAGCCUGUCUUUUCUCUGGCUAUAUAAAAGCCUUAAGAGUAGCCUUUGGUUUUUCCUUCUAGCCCACUUGUGAACCCAAGUGGUUUCUUAUCUGUGCCUCACCUCCGGGCUGGGACAGGAUACUGUGGGGGUGGAGAGCUGAUGCUGCCUGUGACAGGCACGGUGCUGCAGAUCCUCUCCUCGCACGGUACAGAGGAUAACCAGAGUGGUAGCAAGCUCUGACAUAGAACAGCUUCUGCUUAAGACAGGCAGACAUCUAUUUGAUUUCUUUCCUAUAGGUCUACUGCUCUUUAUAAACACGAUGAAAUAGAAAAUUUAAAUGCUUACCUAAUCUUCUUUUUUAAGUAAUCAAAUAAAUAUUAACUCUGGAACAUC